CCCCUGGCGCCGAGUCGACAACUAAUGAUCAGUGUUGCCUUGUCUACCGUUGAGUGUAUAACGACACCGCUGUGAAUUGUGUUUACACCAAAAAGAACUCCGCCAGUGUUUGUUUAAUAGUUACAUCAGUUUACACAUUAUUGAAAAUGGCUGACAGUGGUCUCAAAAGGAAUAUUCCCAUCAAAUUAGGCGACUUUUCUGUCAUCGACACUGAAUUCUCGAGCAUCAGAGAGAGAUUUGACGCUGAAAUGAGAAAAAUGGAAGAAGAAAUGAGCAAAUUCAGAUCGGAACUAAUGAACAGAGAAAGCAACAAUUUCUUUAAGAGCACAACUAGUUCCACCACAUCUUCACAACACAGCGACAGCAGACAGUUGGCUGAGCCAAGCCACUGGGACAGUCUCAACUCUCCCUUGAUCCAAGAUGAAGGAGACGGCAAAUCAUUGAAGCUCCGUUUUGACGUCAGUCAAUAUACCCCAGAAGAGAUCGUCGUCAAAACAGUCGACAACAAAUUAUUGGUGCACGCCAAACACGAGGAGAAGUCAGAUACAAAAUCAGUAUACAGAGAGUACAAUAGGGAAUUCCUGCUGCCAAAGGGCACAAAUCCCGAGGCUAUCAAGUCAUCGUUGUCGCGGGACGGAGUUCUAACUGUGGAGGCCCCUCUGCCUCAGCUGGCCAUCACCGACCGGAACAUCCCAAUCCAGAAGCACUGAGCGACAACCGUGGCAGCUAUCCAGUGCGACACAAGCAAUUCCAUACUGUUAAUAAUUUAUUUUAAUUUAUGUUUCAUAAAUUACUGUAAGGAGUAUUGGCGAUAUUAUCUGAUAUUUAUUUAGACUAUUAAAAGAGAAGAGAAUCUCAAAAUUAAUUAAUUAACACUUAUACGUUGUAAUUGGUCAAUUACACUCGUUGUGCUAUAUUCCAUCGUUCAUUGUAGAGCACAGAUGCAUUCUGCACUGUAUAUUUGAAUGUUGCUUUUGUGACAUUGCUUUCACUGUGAUUGUAAAAAGUUUGAACGUUGUUUAAUGCAUUUCCCGUCGUGUUAGGCAUUUCGGUUGGUUUAAAAUUUGAUUAAAAUGACUGAUAAUGGUUUAACACGUUAUAAUUUCAGUUUAUAAAUAUAAUAAAGUGAUAUUACCGUAAAUUCUCAAUAAUACUAAUAAAGUGAGCUUACAUGACGUGUUCAUUGAAAAUUAUGUACAAAACGUACUUGUUCACAUAAAAUCAGUGCAAAUUAUGGCUAUGGAAGGAUACAACGACUGGAGACGUGUCUUAUUUACAAUUACAAAUUUAUCUAAGUCCAUUUUCGCCUAACUUUUUGCCUGCUAUCAGCAGCUAUAACAAAUGAUACACCAAUUUAACAGCUUUUAACUUGAUACACAUUUAUAUUUUAGUACAAACAGUUGUUAUGAAAGUUUUAGAUGUCAAUAAAACAUAAAACAAUA